ACGGUCCGAAGGAGCUAUGACCAGGCGAGGUUGAGAUCAACAGCGGUUAUGUGAUGGUGAUGUCGCACGCUGAGGGCAUGGGCGACGCGACGCUGCGCGACCGCUUGCCGGCGCUGUGGCGACGCAUCGAGGAUGCUCAUUACAGCUACCUCGAGACCGAUGACAGUCCAGAGAAGUUGCAGCAACGGAAGAAACUUGAAGGACUCAUAGUCGAGUACCUAUCUCUGGUUCCCCAUGAAUGUAAAUUCGGCCUAGCGGAAACUGGCAAAGUGUUCGAGCGUACCAUCAGAGAGUUGCCGGAAUUCAGCGCUUAUAGAGCUGGUCUGGGAUGGGCAGCGUUAGCGAGAUAUGCUGCUAAUCUACUUUCUCAGCCCUGGAGGAAAGAAUAUAAGACUAUACGGUUAUACUGCGGGUAUUAUAAACACGAGAUCGAAGCUAAUAUGGUGGGCGCCGAGACACUUCUUCACGCGAUGGGGUACAAGUCCAUGGGGGCGGGGAGGUUGGAGCUGUUGGCGCCUAUAUGCCCUGACUUGGUCACAGCGAUAUCCAGGGAUGCUAUCAUCGCACACACUGAGUGCCAGAUAAUGACGCACGUGUGGGAGGCUGUGUGGAACUGCGGUGCGCGAAUCACGUGGGCGGAUGUGGCAAGGGCGCGGGCGCAGCGUGCGGGAGGGGCGGCCGCCGCUGCCGCCAGUCUCGCCGCUCCGCAUAGCGACUUGCCAUACGUCGACAGUACAGAAAUCUACUCCAACAUAGCACCUUCAAUAUCAGACCCUCACAGAAUUGAUCCUCGAUAUCACACCUCAAUGAUGCCCUGCAACCAUAUAUGCGAAGACAGCCCUUUAGACGAAUCGGGCAACCCUAUCAUGCCCUACGUCGUCCCCAACGUAAUACCACCCCAUAUGAUGUAUCCUGUCCCUCAUCAACAUAUGAACGAUGUCAUGCCAAAUCCAAAUAUCACCGUACCCAUGAUGACUCCCUAUGGAGUGCCUUAUUACUAUCCUGUACAGUCUCCUUAUAUGAUUCCUACACCUGUCUAUGCUCCAAUAAAACAUGCGAACAACAUACCUGUUAAUGGGUAUCCCAUACCACAAUACAGGUAUCCAUCCGUACCAACAGGUCAACUCAUAGAGUUGGACUCUUCAUAUGAAAACGGUAAACAUUACAGAGAAGAUGAACGGCACAAAAAGAGAGCAGACAGUUCUAGAAGGAACAGCACAUCGAGAUCUGGGUUCAGUGACACUUCAAUACCGAGUAUACCACGGUCCGAUACACAACCAGCUUUAAGUAAAGCCAAGGAAGACGGCAUGGGGACAUAUGAAAGUUGGGAUUAUGUAUUUAGGAACUUAUCAAGUAAAGAUGAAGGGAAUGACAGAAAUCGAUUUUCUCCCUCACUAGACCGGGAUUCCAGGACAUUGGAUAGAUUAGACAGAGAAGAACGGAGAGCAAAAUAUCAACCAACAACUUUAGAUUUAGAGGAUGGCCUACAAGCGUUGAAUCUCGAUCGAUCGUAUGACGAGGACGCGUACCGAACAGCUAAAGUAAAUGAGAACUUAAUGAGGCUAAAGCAAGAACAGGAGUUGAAAAAAGCUAAACAGUUGAAAAAAGUUGAAUCGAAGAAGAGGAUCGAAUCCGUACCCAAUCCUAAAUCAGACGGUUUGGUGUCAAAUAAAGUGGCUCCGGACAAAGAGAGGUUAUUAACAAAAAAGGACAUAAAAGAUAGGAAAGAUGUGAUAAAACAGCAGAAUGGAACAGUGCCAAAUGCAGCAGAAGUGAGGAAAGUGAAGAAACCAGCCAUGUUCGUCGCUGCUGAAGCGGAGAAACCGAGGAAGCUUGUGGAGAAUGGACACACUUCAGCCCAUGGGUCUAGGAGUCUCACAAAUACGUCGCCUCAGAACUACGACCCGAAAACGCAGUUAAUUGUGUCCCUGGACGAGCCCGACGCCAAAAUCAACGGCGAGCGUCCCAUAAGCCGCACAUCUAGUCAACCAGAAAACAGAGCUGACAAAUGGCAAUGCUCCACUUGUACAUACUUGAACAGACAUAGUCUGCAAGCCUGUGAGAUGUGUGGGAAGUCGAAAAAGGGUCCCGAGAUCCAACCGCUGACCAGCGGCGGCAAAGAGUGUCCCGCUUGCACUCUCGUGAAUCAGCGAGACGCGAGAGUCUGCGACGCUUGUGGCACCAGCUUGGAACACUGUCCUACUUACAUAUAAAGUCCUAAAUGCAGUGAUAAGUUUGAUUAGAAAAAAACCAGCAAUAAUUUUUACAAGUGUAUUAUGUACGUUUGAAAAUUAGUCACGUAAUACGAAAAGAUUGCCAAUUGGAUUCUAGUAUAACGAAGAGUGAUUUUAUUUUUUUUUUCAGCGGAAAGUUAAAAAUCGAUUUUGCAGAAUCGAUAUUAUAGAAAGAGUACAUUCGAUACGAAAAUAAUCUAUAGAUUGAGGGUCUUUGUUGAGUUAAAGUACCCGUGGUUGCCAAGUAUUUCUAAUCAUUUAAUUUUUAUUUAAUAUUAAUCCUUUUUGGUGGGUAAUUUUUUUUAAAUUAAGUAAUGCGGCUGCACAAAUUUUGUUGUCACUAGUUCCUUUCGCCAUUGCUGUUGACACAAUAUUCCAUUUGUUGAAAGCAUUUAAUCAUAUCUGUUUAAUCUUGACAAGUUAGUGAAGAAUCAUCAUAGCAAAUAUUUAGAAUUUUUGACUGUUGCCAAGACAUAUUUAAACGACAUAAUUGUUUGAAAACGCACAAAGAAAUGUGUUCUUAAGGAACGUUUCCUCGAUUAAGAAACGUUAUUAGAAAUCUUUUAACGCUACCGCAGCUGCAGAAUAAUUUGAAAAUUGAAUUUAAAUUGUUAUAAACAUUCGUUGGUAACCUGUCAAGUUUAAAAAUUUGUUACAUUUGCUCAUGAUUUGUUUCCAGAAUUUAAUACUAGUGUUUUUAAUAUUAGUUUGACGCUUCGCUACAGGGUAACGAUUGGUAUAGAUGCGGAAUUAAUUAUAUAAAUUGGGUAGGACAGAUAGUACAUAAACGGUCUAAAUAACUUGAGAGUUAAUGCAAUUCGACUGAAAACCCCUGUAGAACCGUCAAAAAAGACAGCGUGAAAAAAUUGAUAACAU